AGCGCUGCUCCUGCUCUAUUGCAGCUAACUUUUCGUGCGUUUUCUUCCGCUAACAAGCAUAGUUCCUAAAAUUUCGUAUAUUUAAGUGUACAUCGAUAACAGGAAAUGCGAUUAGAUAAACACGAGUCGCUCACGCACUAUUUGUAGAAAUUGUUCGGCUCUUUGUAGGUUUUGAGGUGAAAACGGCAGGAUUCUUGUUAGGCGUAUGAAAUUGGACACCGCUUGCGUUGAGGUCCCUUUUCAUGCGGAUGGAUACGGUAUUGCUUCUGACAAUGUGGAUGGAUGUUGUUAAGAUGUCUUCUCGGAGGAUGAAAUGAACUCAGUUGUGGCAACAAAAAGGAUUACCAUAGAGUGAUAGUUUGGAUGCAAAGCGCAAUUUUUUAUUUUGUCGAAGUGCACUGCCUUGCGAGUCAAGGGGGGCUGUAAGAGAACAAAUUGUCGCGCUGAUACAUACUGCUUUUGAAGCCCUGUGGGCGAAAUUCACUUGGAAGUUUUAUGUCUUUUCCCUGCGAGCUUCAGUCUUUAUCUUUUUUUUACUGUUGGAUGCCAGACAUUUGAGGAAAAAAGAAAGGUUUGCUAGUGGCUAAGACCGGAUUGGCACGUACGAGCAGCAACAGAGAAUGGCUGCUGUGGGAACAGACAAGGAACUCAGUGACCUUCUGGAUUUCAGCGCGAUGUUUGCCCCACCUGUGGCUAAUGGGAAGAACAGGCCAACGACACUUGCCAGCAGCCAGUUCGGAGGAUCAAGUAUGGACGAGCGUGCUGGUUCCGGGUCCUGGCCCUCCGCAGAACAGAACAGCCCCUCCUUCAGCCAGGGACGGGGGUACGGCGAAGGGGCACACUACAGCGAGCACGAGGGGCUGUCCACGUCGCCCUACCUCAGCUCAGGGAUCGUCGGCAAAAACGAAAGGGGCCCAUACUCUUCUUUUGGAGCUCAGCCUGGCUUCCUGUCAGGUGACAUAGCUAUGUCCAGCCCCGACGCCAUGUCUCCCUCAGGCCUGAAAUCUGCCUCCCAGUUCUACUCCCCAUAUCCAGGCAACGCGCGGAGGCGUCCUCCCGACGGCGGCAUCGAUGCCCAGCCAAAGAAGAGGAAGGUUCCACCCGGCCUGCCCUCCUCGGUAUAUGCCUCGACGUCUGGGGACGAAUACAACAGGGACAAUACGGGGUACCCUGCCCCCAAGCCGGGGACCGUCUAUCCAAGCUCCUUCUACAUGCAAGAGGGUCUGCACCCCUCCUCGGAUCCCUGGGGCUCUUCUGGUCCACCUGGCCAGCUAGGGUACUCCCCGAUGCUGGGGAACUCGCCUCACAUUGGCCAGCCUGGCUCCUUCACCGCCAUUAACCCCCAGGACCGGAUGAGCUACCCUCUCCAUAGCAGCGAAGUGAACAGCAGCUUGCCCUCAGGCUUCCAUUCCAACCCGGGGGGGUACGGUGUGUCCAAUCACACACCCCCCAUCAAUGGCGCAGACAGCAUAAUGGCCAGCAGAAACACGACGACGGGGAGCUCUGGGGACGAGAUCGGGAAGGCGUUGGCUUCGAUCUACCCCUCCGACCACAACAGCAACAACUUCUCUUCCACCCCGUCCACUCCAGUGGGCUCCCCUCAAGCUGUUGCAGCGGCCGGAUCUCAGUGGCCCCGGACCCCUGCGCAGACCCUCUCGCCCAACUACGAGGGCGGGCUACACGCGCUGAACAAGAUGGAGGACCGGCUCGAGGAAGCCAUCCACGUGCUGCGCAGCCACGCUGUGGGUCAGCACUCGGACAUGCACAGCAUGCUGAGUGCCGUAUCCUCCGUGCACAACGGGGGCCUCGGGGGGCUGACGCCGGCCUUCUCCAGUGCCGGCCUGGCCCUGAGCAGCCGGCACCCCGCCAUGGGUGGUCAUCACGAAGAUUCGGCAGGUGUCCCCCACAGCGGCUCUCUCCUGCAGAGUCACCACGCCUCGGUCCCCGCGCAGCCUGGAGGACAACCCGAAGGCUUUGCCAGCCUACCCGGCGCCAUCGCUUGCUCCUCGAACUCCAGCAGCAACUCCGACAUCAAGAGGGAGGACAAGGAGGGCGACGAGAACGCAUCCGUCGGAGACAAGUCUGACGACGAGAAGAAGGACUCGAAGGCGGCGCGCUCGAGAACAAGUCAAGACGAGGAAGAUGACGAAGACCUCCCGGCCGAGGUGAAGAUCGAGCGGGAGAAGGAGCGGCGGGUGGCCAACAACGCGCGCGAGCGGCUGCGGGUGCGGGACAUCAACGAGGCCUUCAAGGAGCUGGGCCGCAUGUGCCAGCUGCACCUGAGCAACGACAAACCUCAGACCAAGCUGCUCAUCCUGCACCAGGCCGUCAAUGUCAUCCUCAACCUGGAGCAGCAAGUGCGAGAACGCAACUUGAACCCCAAGGCCGCCUGUCUGAAGCGGAGGGAGGAGGAGAAGGUGUCUGGGGUGGUGGGCGAUUCCCAGAUGUCGCUCUCGGGGGGGCACCCUGGCCUGGGAGGUGACGGGCACAACCCCGUCAGCCAUAUGUAACACGCAGAUCCUGUGGAAUUUCCUGGGUUCUUGGAAGAUGUGGCCUUAUAUGAAUCUUCCAUCAUUCUUCUUAGUGUGUGCAUAUAUUGAUGUCUGUGUACAAACAAGUGAAUAGCAAUGCACAUACAAACCUAUACACACAUCCAUACUGCCAAAACUGACAUACCGAACUGACAGAUCAGAGCUACCAGCGCAAAUGUGAAAUUUUGUGUUUUUUAUAUAUAUAUGUAUGUAUGUAUAAAAAAUAUAAAAAUUCAACAUUGGGUAUCAAUCUUAACUUUAUGGAUCAUGGAUUAGUGCUGUCCUGCAGCACGUGGACUCCUCACACUGCCCAGAAAGUUACUCAGAGGAGGGGAGAUGUUUAACCAUCAAAAUGAGUCACGGAGAUCUGUGCCUAGUCGCAUGUUUUGUGAGACAUUUGAACACAAUUACAUCUUUGGAACAAAGGUUUUUUUUUUUCCAUUUUUGUUUUGGGAAUUGCUUGUACGAGCAAUUGUAGUUAUUUUAUUUUCCUGUGUAGUUAUUUUAUUUUCCUGUGUAGUUUGUCAGUAAUAACAGUAGUCUUAUAUACGUAGAGAGAGAACCCCCAGCCAUAUUUAUAUUGAAGAAACGAUCUGGACUUUUCAGGCUUGACUUCCGCAUAAGACAGGGCCUGGAGCGAGACGUGCGGAUUUGCUGAUUGGACUCUCUGCAUGGGGUGGGGGGGGGGGGUUGACUCUUCCAGUCCAGUGUUAAAUAGCAAGGCAUGGGGACCCUGCAGUAUUGUGCUCGACAAAUUCUCUCUAGUGGCAUAUCUGUGUUAAAGAGAAGUACUAUUUUAAGAUAAAUAUUAUAUCGUGGGUUGCCCCUUCUCACUUAUUUUCAAGCCAGGUGUGGAGGCUUGAGUUGACACGUGAUCCUCGCCUUCUCCCUCUCACAGCGUGUCUGUAGUGCAGCGAGCCUGCUCUGUCAAUGCACGUGCCCGUCCUCUAUCCUGGUCUAUGGCUGGCGCCCGAGUAAACAAAAGGGAUUUCAGGAAGUUUAAAGUGACAUGCUCUUUCCCUCCGUCUGGCAUUUGACAUUCCCCUUCUGCUUGUCCCUCCGGAAGAAAUCGCGGCUUUCCGGGACCGUCGGCAGACCGGUUCCGCCGGAAUCGGGGACGCAGCCCUUCCCGGAGUUAGCGCCGCCUUCCCAGCUUCUGCCCGCCGCGCCCUUUUCUUGGCACUGGCUUUCCGGAGCAAGCGUGUCGUAAAGCUACAUGAUCUAUGUGUCCCAGUUCGUGCAUAGGUAAAGGUCAGGAUGUUAUUUUAUGUCAGAUGAGCAAAUUUAAAUAUAUAAAUAUAUAUAUUAUAUUUUUAUCAAGCUAUACAUUUUAGGUGUUUAAAGAAUUAUAGCUGGGACUUCUUUUUUUUUUGUAGAAGGGAAUAGAUGCGAUCCUUGAUUUUUAAAUCUCAUAGGAGUCACCGUUCUGUUUAAAUGUCCUCUCUGCUUCACAGUUCAAUUCAGAAGGUGAAUUUUUUUUUUUUUUUUUUUUUUUUUUUUCCUUAAGAUCAACAGUAAAACGCAAACUAAGAUUGUGAGGAACUUGCUCUCUAUAGUACUCUGGAUGAAUUGGAGUAAAAUUUGUCUUCUGAUGUAAUUCCACUUAAGCUGACAUUAAGUGGAGCAGUCAUUUUUAAGGUAACUAUAUAUAGUUCACUCUGUUCACCUGAACAAAUUCAGAGAUGUCAGUGUGUCAAAAGCACAGAUUUGCUUUUGAAAACGGGAUGGCUUCUCGUCAUGUGUGUGUGGUCUGUUCGAAGGCAAAUGCUAAUUACCAGCUAUAGAGAGCAGGUGUAUCCUUAGAAUUUCACGUUUUGGUUGAAGAACUUCAUGAAAUGGGGAGAAGAGAAUUUACCUUGUGGCAUUACUUUCUGAAAAUGGUGAGAACAAAGGUUUUUUUUUUGUUUUUUUUUUUUUUUUUUUUCUUCCUCCAGGUCGUGUAACUUGUAUAGUUAUAAGUGGACUUCCAAUCUAGUCAUUAGUGUGAUGCUAUUUGUUAACAAAUGGACUCUUGGCCAUUACGUUUGUGUGGUUACAGGAAUGUCCACCCAUCUUUCUUGAGGAUUCUAGGGAUGUUUGUGGUGUCAAAUUGAAAUGUAAUGUCAUUUCUGUUUUUGCGAUUUUAAUUUCCUUUUAAGGAAGGUUAGACACCAUGUAAUAACCCUGUACCCAUUUUAAGGGUAUAUGCUUCUAAAGAAUAUUAUUUUAGAGCAUCAGGCUAUGAGACUGGAGAACCUCCCUCAUUCAUAGUGGUUUGGAAUGUAUAGUUCAGAUGCUGAUGCUGACUGGUUCUGGAUUUUUCAACUGAACAGGCAUCAAGUUUACUCCUAAAAAACAAAUCCGUUUUCCACACAUGAAUAAUAGGUUUUAGGCUCCAAAUGUGGCUGCAGUAUCCUGAAAUUUGUUGCGAAAUGUGUAAAUGAAAAACAGUGGGGGUGUUGCAUGUCAGUAAAAAAAAACAAAAAAAGGAAAAAAAAGAGGGUUUCAAUACAUCCAUAUUCAUGCCUGUUUGAAUGCGACUGAAUUCUCAGGCAAUUACCAGUUCAAACAAAAAAUGUAUGUGCAUUGUUAGUCUGGAAUGGGGAAGUUCUUUUGAGUGAUUUUCUUUCAAGUUCACAUCUAAAAAAUGUCAGUGGCCUUUUCAUUCUAAAGACUUCAGAUGUCAUGAUGGGAGGGUGAAACCUUUUCAGUGCCUGAAUAUGUUUUCAGAUCAAUCUGUUUGUUUUUAAAGAAUAAUGUGUCCUGUAUUUCAUGAUGUACGGUACAUCCUAUUUUAUGUGACUUAAAAAAGAAGUUAAAAAUAUACAAGAAGGAAAUGGAACAUUAAGACAAAAGAGCAAAACCUGUUUUUUUUGGUAGAUGUUUUUAAACUGGAUUUGAUCGUUUCUCCAAGCUACUGUUUAGAUAGUGCUGUGGAGUAUAUUUGUUGUCCUUUUUUUGUUCUUCCUUCCUCCUCCUCCCCUUCCUUACUGUGUGCAGCGGCCGCAUGACUGACAGCCAGUCAGUGCUGCUCAAGACAUGAGUUUGGAGACGCCUGGUUCGCCGUACAGUUCGCUGUUCUAACAUCACAGCGUCGAGUGGCGCGGACUCGACAGUAUGCAGCCCCUUCUGGUGAUUUUAGAGAAUUUAACAGUGCUCUCCUGAAUCCAAGGUUGCUGCGUUUUCUUCCCACGGGAAGGCUGAACAUUCUCGGUGAAUCGUUGUAAAGUGCAUCUCAUGUGGAAUGUUUUGCUGGUGGUGAAAUUGUCUGACGCUAAUAACAAAGGUGUAUGCUGUCCUUCCAAUCACAUCGCGGAUGCGCACUGCUACGGAACCCGGCGUCUCGUGUUUGCAUUGAGGACACAAGUUUUGUGUUCUUAGAGUGCCUCCUGUCCUUGUCUUCUGUUCUGUCUCAUACAUAUACAUUAUAUAUAUGUAUAUAAAAAUAUACAUAUAUAUGAUGUAUAUGUAGCUACUGAGAACUGUCCUGUAUAUAACAGUAAUGUAGCAAUAAAUGUGCCAUUUUUAAUAACAGAAUUAUACUUUUUCAGUCUGUCUUUUGAAACUUGUAUAAUUAAAAAAAUAAAAAUAAGGGUUUGAUCAUUUUU